ACACUAAAAUUCAAGAUCCCACUUCGAUAUCAUCAUAACAAGCUCUUAUUGGUUAUAAAAGCUGCUUUUCCACUCAGAAGAUUUCCUUUGUGGUUAAUGAAAUGCUCUACUAGAAUUAUUAGUCUUUAAUUCUGCUUUUAUAAUGCCAACUCUUUGGUUUUUAAUUAGCCACAAACCUAUAGGCUAAUUGAAUCUAGUCUUACUGUCUUUAUCUACCCAACCACAGUAGUAUCAUAUGAAAGAAUUUCAGUGCAAACAUGGAGACAUUUAGUAUUUAUGAAAGUUUAAUUUUUGGAAGGUUUCUGUAGCACAUUUUUUAGUAAUGAUAAUUCAUCAGUAUUUGUUAAUUCUGUGGCUUUAUAUUGCAUAUAAGCAUGGUCUAAAUCAUUAUUUUGUCUCUCUUUCUUCUUUCCCCUCUUCUUCAAAUGAACAUGUGGAAUCAGAAUACACAUGUUCCUUUCUGCCGAAAUUCUCCAUUCAUAUAGAAACCAAGUAUGAGGACAACAAAGGAAGCAACGACCGCAUUUUUGACAAUGAAGCCAAAGACCUGGAGAGAGAAGUUUGCUUUAUUGAUAUUGCCUGCGAUGAAAUUCCGGAGCGCUACUACAAAGAAUCUGAGGAUCCUAAACACUUCAAGUCAGAGAAGACAGGACGGGGACAGUUAAGAGAAGGCUGGAGAGACAGUCACCAGCCCAUCAUGUGCUCCUACAAGCUGGUGACUGUGAAGUUUGAGGUCUGGGGGCUUCAGACCAGAGUGGAACAAUUUGUACACAAGGUGGUCCGAGACAUUCUGCUGAUUGGACAUAGACAGGCUUUUGCAUGGGUUGAUGAGUGGUAUGAUAUGACAAUGGAUGAUGUUCGGGAAUACGAGAAAAACAUGCAUGAACAAACCAACAUAAAAGUUUGCAAUCAGCAUUCCUCCCCUGUGGAUGACAUAGAGAGUCAUGCCCAAACAAGUACAUGACAAUGGAUGAAGUCCGAGAAUUCGAACGAGCCACUCAGGAAGCCACCAACAAGAAAAUUGGCGUUUUCCCACCUGCAAUUUCUAUCUCAAGUGUCCCCCUGCUGCCGUCUUCUGUCCGCAGUGCCCCUUCCAGCGCUCCGUCCACCCCUCUCUCUACAGAUGCACCAGAAUUCCUGUCGGUUCCCAAAGAAUGGCCCCGGAAAAAAUCUGCCCCAGAAACUCUCACACUUCCAGACCCUGAGAAAAAAGCCACCCUGAAUUUGCCUGGCAUGCACUCUUCAGAUAAGCCGUGUCAGCCCAAAUCAGAGUAACUUCAUAUGAAUAUCUCAUGGGGUUUUAUAUUUUCGUUUUGGGGUUUGUUUGUUUUUUAAAGAAACUUCUGAUAUAGGAAAAAACUGCUUUGUCACCCAAAACAUGUUCCUUCGACCUGAGUGUGCAUGUGAUUAACUAACUUCACAUAUAACAUGAUCCCCUGAGUAUGCCACACAGCGUCAUAGUAGAUGAGAGAUGUCAGACUUGCAAAGGACAGAAGGAAGCUUCUGGAGCCACAGCUGUGAGCCAGGGAGGAAGCCUUGUUAUUGGCCAUUUGAUGAGGUUGGCACGGACUUCAAGGGUAAAUAAAUUGAAAACUUUGCACCACUUUGUUACAAGGUGUGGUCAAAUAGUGAAGUCAAUUUCCUCCCAUCAGACCUGAAAUUUUCUAAAAUACUCUCAGGCACAACAUACCUAACUGUUAAAUUUUGAACUGCUGAUCACCAGUACUUGAAUACCAAUAGUUACUGAGAUUCCUAUUCUAGUUAGUUUGACUCAGGAUUUGGGGCCUAAUUAACUUCUUAAAUUUUUGAAAAUUUUAAUUACCAACCUAUAGGGGCUCCAAGUACAAUGAAUGAUAACUUAUUUAUACCUUCCACAGAAUUUAAUAAGGAUUCCAUUUGUUUCUAUCUUUUAAUAACUUUCCCCUUUGUGCCCUGGUGGCCUCAGAAAUCUUUAAGAAUUGCACGGAUGAAUGUGACCAUAACUGACUGAUUCUGGAAUGGUUUAGUUUAGGAACCAAGAGGCCCAGGUGAGGCAACAUCUUUUAUCUCUCUACAGGUACCAACAAACUUUGACUUGUCAGCUUCCAUUAUUCAUUAAGAGUCUCAUAAUUUGCAGUCAAUUGAACAGAAUUCAUUGACUAUUUGCCCAUACAAAGAAGUUCAAGGGAAGAGUAAGCUAACUGGGCUUUAACACUGUCAGAAUGUCUGGUGCAUGAACCAUGAAAAAGAGAAUUGUCUGCCAUCCACCUCCUUAUUUUACUCUUAGUGACAUCCAGACUUCCCUGGAAUGGAUUGCCCACCACCAGACCAUUAUUUUGCUUCUUACUUGAAAUCCAAACGCUGGGAAUGUAAAAGAAAUCGAGUAAACACUGUCAAGUGGGAGUAGAGAAUGAGCAGAAUUGCUGACUCAUUUUGUAGAGUAAAAAGGAGGAGUAAUAACAGAUGCCCAUCUGUCUAGCUUUCUUUCCUGCAAGUAGUGGUAAUGCAAGACCAUUCAUCAAAGUGGCAGAAACAGAAUUCUCCUUUGGUCUAAAGAGAGAAAUUUGUCACCUCACUGCCUUUAAACACAAAAGGGAGGGCAAGCAGAAUCUCAGCAUUGACUUUUAUCCCUCUAAGAGAGAAAGAGAACAAGGUAAUUAGGCAACUCCAAGGCCCAUGCCCCAGCGUAACCUCCAAUCUCAGGAAAGGGACCUUCCCAAAAACACAGAUUCCAAAGGAAACAAAAUAGGCCAAGGAGCAUAUUUGCCUUUGCUCACGUAGCCUCUCAGCCAGUGGACCCUGCCUGUUCCCCUCUCUCAGUGCUCAGCACUCUGGGUGCUGUCUUUUAGGUUGAUCCACUCUCCCAAGGUGCAGGUGCUGGCCCCAAGAGCCCAGCACCAAGUGUUCUAAGUCAUAGGUCAGACUAUCAAGAUCAUUUCUUUAUGUAUAGGUUGACAUUUAGCUUAAAAAAAAAAAAGGAAGAAACUCAGAACUCAAAGGAAACCCAUUGCAAAUAGCUUAGAUCAACAGUGCAUCUCUUCCCUAAGAAUGAUAGUAUCAUAGUAAGACACCCGUGCAUGGUAUAGAAGCAUGAUUUUUGCUUGUGGGAAAACUUUAACUUUUAUCAAACCCCUUGGACUUCAAAUGGCUCCCCCUCCACACAGUAGUACUUAAUGAGAAUGUUUGGCUUUAGAAAGCAAAAUUCUGCUUUCAGAAGACACUGAGAUAGUGUAUGUAUUUGCUUACCAUUUGCAAGCUGAAAUCAGGGUGGGGGUGGGAUCAUUGUUUUCGUGUAGAACAAAGUUAUUUUGUGCAGGUUGUUAACAUCCAAGUUAGCCCUUAGUUUUUCCAUUAAGACCAUUGCGAUUUCCCCGUUUUAUAAAGUGGCUUCUAUUGUCAAAGUCAACAAUUCUAUAUGCUUUAGAAAGCUAAUUUCUGAUUUCCUUUUGUGAGUUUUAUUUCUUUGAUAGACAGUAUAAUACCACAGACACCAUUUUGAAAGCUACCCAUGGUAGUGUGAUUCUUAGCCAACAAAUAUGUGUGCUCUCAAUGUAUGUUCAGUUUUUGUCUACAUGUGCUACGUGUGCAUUAAAAAGGGGGUGGGGGAGUGCAGAUAUUCAUUUAGCUGCUUUGAAUAGUUAAUCCAGUCAUCACAAGGCAUAAAUGACUUCAAUAUUUUACAGAUCUUGGUUUUGUAUUCUCCAUAUGUGAAUUUAUUAUUGUAGGAUACAAGCCUGCAAUGAAUGUGUAAAUAGAACAUUAUUAAUUCUUACAAGAAUGGGAGUCAAAUGGCUGCAUGAUGGAAAUUUAGAAGAAAAAAAAGCAGAAACUUGAAUUUGCUAAGCAUGUCUGGGGGAAAAUAGAAUCCUUAACUCAGUGCCUCUGUCUGCGAUAUGGAAACCUUCAACUUUGUUCACCAAAAUUGUAUUAUAUCUGUGUAUAUAUAUAAAAAUAUAGUAUAGUGAAUUGGACACCACCAGUUUUAAGACUCUGAUAGCCAAAUUUAAAUAAUCUUAGAAUAACACAUAUGUUCACCCCAUCUUCAUCUCUAAUGUUAGUGGAGACCAUCAAAGUGACCGUGAAUUUCAUUACUUUGGGUGGAUUUCAAAUAUGAAAUACCCCUGUGCUUUUCGUUGACUGUAGCACAGCAUUCUUGCCUCAGCUGUGCUUUCCUGAGUUGAGAAAAUCUUGGUGUUUUUAUUGCAUACACUUUGUUAAAGAUCACCUCUGAGGAUCAUUUCAUUUUCCCUCUUUUGGCUGUAGUAAGACAAAGCAAAGGAAAAGGAUAAAAACGAAGGGGGCUGUAACAUUGGUAGUUACCACCAUUGUCACAGAAACAAUUUGGGUUUGUUGGUGAACUAGUUUAUAAACCCUUCUAUUAUUGUUUUGCAUCUGUGUGUAGGGAAAAUGGUUUUAAUUUAUUUGGAGGUAUUUAUUAGCCAUUAGUUUUUGUUUGUGAAAAUACAUCCCUAAGUAGCACAGUUGGGGAUGUAUUAUGCAGACACUUGAAAAACACAAUACCCCUGAAGUAAUUGUGCAGUUUUCUUUCAAGACAUUGUAAUAAACAGUGAACGAAAAGAAUUGAUUCUGACACUUCUUGAUAAAUCAUUUUUCUGUGAAAGUUUCAGGGCCAAUGUAUUCGUGUAUUUUUAAAUUCUACUUUCGUUAGCAUCUCUUCUUUGGCUCAGAGACAGCAAAGGAAUAGGUCACUGGCUGGCUUAGGUCAACAGUAAUUUUACUCUUGAGAAGGAUCAGGGAGUAAGUGACUCUACAUGUGACGUGUAAUCAGAUAAUCCAAUAUCGAGGAACCGUCUAAAUAGUUUUAGUACUUUUCUGAUCAGCUGAUUUAGUAGGUUAGAGGACAGCUAGUCAUCUGAGCCAUAGAUCUUGAAAUUAAAAAAAAAAAAUCUGUCCAGUGACUGCAAUUUGAUCAUGAAUAAACUAUUUGAAACUAUUCAUUCUUGCUGAAACCGAAGUGUUACACAAUAGCACAGCGUUGGCAUGCUGAGGCAAAACAUUGGGUUCUUCUGUGUUCUACCUUCAAAACAAUCUGUUUGCAUUUGAAAUAAUUCUGUAAUCUUUUUAGGAGUUAGUGCAAUAAGAGAAUGAGAGUAUAUCAGGAAUUUUUUGGAUACCAUUAUUAAUUGUAAUUUUGUUGUUAAAUUAACAUGCUUUAGGAUAAGCCUCUAGGUGUUUUUGCUUUAAAUUGAGAGCAUGUCUGCUGAAUUGCAAGUCUCCCUUCAGUUUCUAUGUAUCACCAAGAAGAGGUUCUUUGAGUUGAUGUUGUACCUGUACCACUUAUAUGUAGCUUCGAGUGUAAUUACCAGUGUUUAUGUUGGAGCUGGGAUCUGGAUUGGUCGCAUUAGUCAAUAUACCACUGCCACUGCUGAAGGACCAAGUAUUGGAAUGCACAGUGUUAUAGACUACAAGCAAAGCAAACAAAGUUGAUCCUCACUUAUGCCAUCCUUUUGUGUCAUUUUAUCGCUGUUCCGUGUUUUCCCCCCAGUUAUUUAUUAUUGUUAAUAACUUACUUUUUCUUACAUUCUGUUGUAAAUAAAAUACAAAGCAAUCUUCUUU